CUUGAGGAUGCGGGUAACUCAUGUACGGCGGAGCGCACGGGCCAGGUCGGAAACGAAAGGGAAAGCGUCGCAUCCGCGAACAUCUUACCACCUUCUCUGCGGUCUGUCUGUCUUCACCCUGCCAAUUCCUCUCUACAACUCUCUAAAAUGGCUUCUGGAUACGGUCUCAAUGGCGGUCCCGGCCGCUGCUACCCCUUCUGGCAAGAGGUUCUUGGAUGCUACGUUGUGAACUCGGGUGAGGGUGAGGCUGGAAAGAAGAAGUGCACUCCCGCUCUGGACGACUACUACGAGUGCCUCCACCACCGCAAGGAGGCUAUGCGCACAAUGAAGAUGCAGGUUGCCUUCCGCAAGGCCGAGGCUGCCCACCCUCGUGAGAAUGCCCCCAAGGCAGAGCAAAUCCGCAGCUUAGGUCUGCUUGGGAAGGAAGAGGAGGCAACUGCUGUGAUGUCGCAACUGUGAAGGAAAACCCCAAGGGCGCGAUGUUUCUUUUUCUUUGAUGCGUGUGAUUCCUCGUUUCUGCCCCGGAACAUUCUGCCGGGUGCCUGUGACUGUAUAGAAAUGCUCAAUUUUGGAGGCUAUUCAGCCUCGUUCUUGCAAUGAUACUCCGGUUCUAU